GCAAAAAUGGCAGAGUUCUGAGAGUGUCGUGAAUUUGACAAGAUGAAAAAAGACAUUUAAAUACUGAUCAUUGGUGUUCUAGGCUUGAUUAACAACUGCAACUUGAAACAAUAAUGGCAUCUACAGAACAUUCUCUGAGGUCCUUGGAAACAUUGAUGACCGAGUUUUUUGACAUCAGAACUACAAAUGAACGGAAAAGAGAAAUUGAGUCCGUGCUGAAUAAUUUUACUCAGACUAAAGAUGCAUGGCGACACAGCUUGUUCUUUAUCGGUCACACUGGCAACGAGUAUGUCAUCAUGUACUGUCUCAAUGUCCUUGAGAACCUUAUCAACAAGCAAUGGUUGGGGUUUGAUGGCCAGGACAAGAUCAAGAUCCGCAACACGCUGAACCAGUUCCUGCUGAUACACCACACUGUUGUCCCCUCGUACAUCCGCAAUAAGAUUGUCAAGCUUGUUGUGCACAUCGGCAGGAUCGACUGGCCACAUUUCUAUCCAGACUUUUUUCCAAGUAUCUUACAGCUUGCCCAGGGUCAAGACACAACCAUGCUGGGUGUUAUACUACUGCGGACAGCGUCUGAGGAACUGGCCGCCCCCCGGGAGGACCUGAGCAUGGCGAGGAAAGAUGAGCUCCAUAGACUCCUGCUGGUACAGGUGCCCAACGUCCUCAGUAUACUCAACAAUCUUUUAGAAACAGUGCUUGAGAAGCACCGCCACCUAGUGGCAGCCACUCCUCCACCGUCGCCGACUCAGGGCGACAGCGGCAUUAGUCGCCGAUCUUCUCUCAUGCUCUUCUCUUCUUCACCUAUCAGAUCAGACACUCUUCUAAGCAGUAUGUUCAAGUCUCCCAUCCGAGGCACACGGAUGGAAGCGCUUCCUCCCCUGGACGAUGAAUCCCAGCAGCUGUGUUCCGCAGCCCUAUCCUGCCUGGCUCACUACUUCAGCUGGAUCCCGCUGUCCACCACCAUCACCCCCACACUGCUCAGCACCAUCUUCCACUACGCAGGCUUCGGCUGCGAGGUGCGCAACAACCGGGCGUCCAGCCCCAAUAUGUCCUUCUCUAACAGCACUCAGUGUCUGGGGGUGCUUGCCAUGAACUGUGUCAAUGAGCUGUUAUCCAAGAAUUGUGUCCCACAGGAGUUUGAAGACUUUCUGCUGCAGAUGUUUCAGCAGACAUUUUACUUGUUACAAAAGAUGACGAAGGAGAGCUCGACUAACCCCACAGGAAACAGAUUAGCAGAACUUGAAGAUAGCUAUGUGGAGAAAUUCACUGAUUUCCUACGCCUCUUUGUCAGCAUACACUUGCGUCGGUUUGAGGGCAGUGCCCAGUUCCCUGUGUUAGAAUUCCUCGCGCUUCUCUUCAAGUAUACCUUCAGACAGCCUGGCAAUGAUGGCUUCUUCAACUGUCUGGACAUCUGGAACACCUUCCUGGACUACCUGCUGACAAAACUACAGGAGAGGACGGCAGAUGGCCUCAACACAGUCAGCAGAUACCAGGAGGCGCUGCUGUCACUCGUGUCCCACAUCCUGCAGAAGUUCCAGUUCCGCUUCAACCAGUCUCAGCUGGAGGAGCUGGAUGACGACACGCUGGAUGAUGAUUCGGAGACAGAGUGGCAGCACUUCCUUCGUCAGUGUCUGGAAGUAAUAGCCAAAGUUGCUGAACUCCUCACAGCGGAGACGUUCCAGCUUAUAUGGGAGCCUUUCAAGGAUUAUAUGAAUGUGUACAUGGGGCUGGAGACAUGUGUGAUUAACGGCAUGCAGGGGCGUCGGCUCAACAUCACCGGCGAGAACGAGUGUCGGAGACUUCACUGCACACUGAGAGAUCUGUCAUCCCUUCUGCAGGCACUUGGGAGAUUGGCAGAUCAUUUUAUUGGGGAGAAGUUUGCCGAGAGAUACACCAUUGCACAAGUUCUGGUUGACAAACUGGUGGAGACAGUGACGUAUGGAAGUAAACACAAGCUCUUUGAAGUGACGUCGGUAGCUCAGUCUGUGCUUCAGCCGGACUUCAUUCAAGUUCAUGCUCAGGCUAUGGCAGCCACCAAGGCCUAUGCUCAUUGGUUAGCUCAACUGUACGGAGUGUCUCAACGAACCAAUCAGGAGAAAGAGAAGCUCUACAACCUCAUCGUCAAGCUUAUUGAUGCAGUUGCACCACUAAUAAAUAAGGAGGUUCCAGAGAGAGUGGCUCACUCUGCAGCCCACCUGUUUCUGUCCAUGGCCACCACAGUGAGACCCUCUUUCCUCAUCCAGCUCCCCAGCAUGCAGACCCUGUACAACAUGGCCAGUCGAGGAGUCUUCACGUCACUCAAGCAGGAGAUCCAGCUGCUGAUGUGCCGGUCGUUGUCCCACUAUCUGUUGCUGCCCUGGCCGGGAUUACCAGAACUGGAGCAGGACUGGGCAAACAGAGCUUCACAUCAUCAGAGUUUUAUACAGUCGCUCACCGCACGCUAUAUUCAGGUCAAAACAAUGGCGGACCUAGCCGACAAUAAAGUUCUACAGCAAGAACUCAAGCCUGUCAUCAGGGCAACGUUACAGAUCAUGCAGGACUUGAUCGAAUCUUUAGCUGGAGAGGUGGUGAAAUCCAAACAGAUCUGCUACCAGUCGCUCCAGGAGUCUAUACAGAUGACACUUACUAUCUUCCCCAUAUAUAUACAACAGACAGAUGUAGUCGAUGACAUUAUGAGUUUCUUCCUAGCACUUUUUCAAGGUUUACGGGUUCAAAUGGGAGUCCCUUUCACAGAACAAGCAAUAAGGACCUUCAUGAACCUUUUCUCCAGGGAACAACUUGCUGAGACAAUAAGCCAAGAAAGCUCAACAGGAUUCAGAGUCAUAGAAAAGUUUUUGAAAAUCCUUCAGCUCAUUGUCCAGGAACCCGGUUCUUCCUUCAAGUCCUUUCUCCCUCAAAUACUCAGUAUAUGUCUGGAGCAGAUCUACCCUAUAAUAGCACCGAGACCUGCCCCCGACAUCAAGUCAGUAUUAUACGAGCUGCUACAUGAGCUGUUGAUGAACAACUGGCGCUACUUCUUCAAGGGGUCAGUCAUGUCGACUCUCAACAGCCAGUCGGAGCAUGUGGAGAAUGGUCCUCAGUUCACGACUAUUAUGCAGUCAUAUGGACAGUCAUUCCUUCAGCCUGAUAUUGCAAUAUUUAAACAGAACCUCGAAUCAUUAGAAAGCCUCAACUCCAAAUGGAAACUGUAUCAUAAGAAAAUCUUCAUGGAGAUGAUGCUGUGUCAGUUCCUGAACGUGCUGAUCCAGGUGCUGGUGCAGAAGUCACAUGACCUGCUGCAGGAGGAGAUCGUCAUCACCGUGUACAACAUGGCGUCCAUCGACUUUGAUGGCUUCUACUCCACCUACCUGCCCCAAUUCCUCACCAACAUGGAGGGCCUGGACGACAACCAGAAGACUGUGCUGGCUCACAACUUCAAGAUUGACACGGAUCUGCCCUCCUUCACCCAGAGCACACACAGGUUUGUGAACGACAUCCGCUACUACAGACUCAUCAACAACAGUUUGCCAGAAGGCUCCGUCAAGUUUUAAGACACACGCUACAAUAGUCCUCAGAUAACAUUACUGAAACACCCCUGGACUGAAUAGGUCAACACCCAAAGGAGAAGUCGCCAGCUUGAAGCUUGUCGAGACAGAAAUCAUUUGAUCAGAGAUGGCCUGCCAAACAGUGAUUUAGUUCUCCUGCUAUAUCCUGGCACAUGAUCCAGUCAAUUGUCCUCCAGCUUCAAGAGUCGCAUAGGAUUGCCAGGAUGCCGUUGUACAAAACAACCUUAGUGUUAUGACUGUUGUAAGUCUAUGUUAAAGUAUAGGAGUAACUAUCACCUUAGCGCUAAGAUCGCUAUGUACAAUGGCAUCCAGGGUGUAUUUCAGGAAUGCAUUCCUUCUAUGGUUGUCUCCCUUUGUCCAACGUCAUCUAUCAGCAUUCUGGAGAUUUAAGUAGCAGUAUUUUUAGUGGUAUUAGUUUUCAGACAUUUUGUAUGAAAGCUUGGUGCAUGUCUUGGUGCAUGUCUUGAAGGUUCAGUCUCAGGCUAGUCCAGGCUGCCCAACAAGAGACAGAAAUAAGGUAUUGCUGCAGCACUAGUUCAUACACAAACCUAUCCCCCACACUAUCACGUUUGCGUAAACCUCUUGACAUAGAAAAGUGGUGAGCCACAAACGUAUUACAGGGUAAUCCAGACCAAGUUAUUUGGAGACAUGGAUUUUCUGAAGGAUUUGAUAUGUGCAGUGUGACUGUUACCUCCAAGUGUGUAUGGUGGGGACAAUGUGAACGGGAGUGUAUAUAUAUAUACCCAUCUGACAGGGCUAGACCCUUGCGGACUGUACAGGUGUAGAUAUUACUGUCCAUAUUGUAUAUUAUUGUGGAAUGUGUGUGGAUACAAUGUCUGUGGCACUGACUGACAGUGCUGUGGUGAUGUGUCAGAUGAGCAAGGCAAGAUGGCAGCGACAAUCAAAGAGACGGCUGUAUGUGGUAGUCCCAGCUGAGAUGUGAGAGGUGUUUCUGAGUGUCUGUCAUGUGUGAUUCUGUUGUACUGUUAGAUGAGACCAUCUUGUAAAAUGAACAUGAUGAGUUUAUAUUCUCUUUAGAUGUAUUCCUACAUCAUGGGCAGGUACAUCUCCCCGAGGCAAGGGAGUUAACUGACUAAAAAAGUCCAGUUUCCACCCUUGCCAAACUAAGAUUGAAAUAUGGAGUUAUAUUUUGGCUGGAGUGCUGAGUCUAUGCAUAGUCCAAUCAAUAUCGCGUAACAAAAUCGACAUCCAGUUCGUGAACUGCCGUGCAGAUUUCAGGCGUUUGCAGAAUUUGGAAAGCAUCUUAGUGUCAACAGAUAUUUUCCACAUCUUUUCAUGUUUUUAAUGAAGCUGCUCACGUGAUUUGAUGCACUUCGUGAGGUAAGACUCGUUUUAUUACAAUAUAGAUCUUGAUUAUGACUCAUAUCGUCUUCAAUGGGCAAUGCCAUUUUGUUCCAAGCGAAUGCAAGUGAUAUGAGAGGUGGAAUCUGAUUGGUCAAUAGGAGGCACAUAGAAGGAACCUAACUCGUAUGGCUAUGAUUGAGCCCAGAAAUUCCAGCCCAGUUCAGGCCAAGGGUGGUAACUGGACAUUUGCAGUCAGUUAACUCCCUUGCCUUGGGAACUGGACUAUUGCAGUCAGUUAACUCCCUAUACUCGGGAAGAUGUGGCAGGUAUUCCCCAUGCUAUGAUUCACUUACACACUUUGUCCUGAUGAAAACCUUUACCUGUUAACCAUGCCUGUGCUUGUGACCUUUCACAUAAGUGGUACGUACAUCAGGUUUCCUCACAUGUCCAGCUGACUCGCCAUGAUACACUGUUGAACUUACACCCAAUGCUUGUAUCAUCAGGACUUGUUUUGUUUCAAAUGUUAUAUCCAUGUUACCUGGAUCGCCUGAAGCUUGAGGCUGUACCCUAAUGGUCCAACCAUUCGCUCAAGAAAGUCCCAUUUAUUUCCCUCAGAAUCAGGGGGUGAUAAGCAAUCCACACGUACCUGAUGUACAUGAUAUAACAGUUUGUUGCAGUUUCCCAUAACGUGUUGCAUUUCCUCAAAUAUUCAUGUUUUCCAUGCCACGACAGUUAGUGACCUAGUCGGACAUAUUUCAUCAAUCAUUUCAUGUUCUUAUAGUUCUUGAUACAUUUUAAGAAAUAAGCCAUUAAUCUUUCAUGUUUUUUAAUCGCUUGAACUGCUUUGAUCCAUAUAUGAUUGGCAAUUGCCUUGUACAAAAAGAUAUUUGGAAAAAAAACAGUUUCUGUAUUUGGACAAAAAGUAAUUUCCUGUGAGUUGACCAGAAUUCCAUCAAUGGCCUUGAUAGAAGUGUGACAGGUUGGAAUACCAGUAUGUCCUAUAAUAUGACACAUAUGUGUCACAUCAGACCUCUGUGAUUGGUCAGUCAUGUUGUGUUUGAUUGACAGAUGACAAUAGGAUAACCCACACUGGUUUAGUUCAUGAAGCCAGGGCUUAGUGUAGUUUCCUGGGCCCACGUGCACAAAGCAAUGUGAGAGGUGCGACUAUUGCAAGUCUGUGAUAAACUAGAAGUAUCGGAUUUAUGUUUGUGAGAGUGGUUAGAUCACUUUGUGGAAGUGAUUUGUGUCGAGAGACGGUUCGGUGUAUAGUCUUCAUGGCUUAUUCCAACACGGUCUACAGCGAGUCUAUACGGGAUGCAGGUAUCUUGUACAUGAUAUCACUCAUGUAGACCAUAUGUACAGUGUCCAUGACUCAUCCAUGAGUGAGUGAGUGAGUAUAGUUUGACGCCGCUUUAGCAAUAUUCCAGCAAUGUCAUGGCAGGGGACACCAGAAAUGGGCUUCACACAUUGUACCCAUGAGGGGAAUCGAUUCCGGGUCUUUGGCAUGACAAGCGAAUGGGCUACCCGACCACCCAACUCAUAAGUAAUAAAGUGUCUUCAGAGCGAGUGAGUGAGUAUGGUUUUACGCUGCUUUUAGCAAUAUUCCAGCAAUGUCAUGGCAGGGGACAUCAGAAAUGGGCUUCACACAUUGUACCCAUGUCGGGAAUCGAUUCCGGGUCUUCGGCAUGACGAGCGAAUACUUUAUCCAUGAUUUGUGAUGGGGCAUUGUGUUUCACAACAACUCCCUCAACCUUGCAAAGAAACAUGCUCAAACAGACUGGUUGCCUAUCAGCAUUCUUAUGAUGUUAAUACUGUUAUUUAUGCCACAGGGAGUUAACUAUGAGCUGCUUAUGUUGUGAACUGUCCCAAACCCUACACUACAGCAUUCUUUAUGCCUGGUUUACAGAUUGACUUUUCAAAAUCAAAGAGUUUAAAUCAAACUACGAAAAGAACUGCAAGAGCAUAUAUUUCAAGUAUGGUACUUACAAUGAAGACCCGUGAAGAUCUGGGGUAGAAUAGGUCUUCAUCAACCCAUGCUUGCCGUAAAAGGCAACUAAAGGGAUCGGGUGGUCAGGUUUACUGACUUGUUUGAUGCAUGUCAUCGUAUCCCUAUUGCGUAGAUCGAUGCUCAUGAUAUCAACCAGUGGAUUGUCUGGUCCAGACUCGAUUAUUUACAGACUGCCGUCAUAUAGCUGGAAUAUUGCUGAAUUACAAAGAAACACAAACUUUUGCUGAACUAAUUGUGUUACCACAGUGAAACAAUAACUCAGUUGAAAAGUUACUCCUGUUAAUCCUGUUAAUCCAGACAAUGGUGUUCCUGCUGAAAUCAUUCAGAAUUACAAAUGUCUGGCUAAGUGAAUCCCGUGUAAUGUACUUUAUGUAUGUGUAAGUGUGCAGCAACCCGGUUGAUGUCCUCUGAUUCAACAGGGUCCAGAUUAGGGAGGUUUCACAGUAUAUGAACAACGAUUGAUUGAACGUUCUGAUACAGGAACUUAUCACACUAUUAUUUGAUGUCAGCAAGUGAGUUAACAGGAUUUACUGUUGUAGUUGAGGGAUUACAUUACUCCGUGUCAUAGAGGCCGUUAUUUUGUUAAUUUGUCAAAGGGGUUAAAUUUGUUAAUGAACCAAUCUAGAAGGAAAAUAUAUAUAUUAUUUCGUGUGAUAUUUUGAGAUAGGCAGAUCAUAAAACAAGUGAUUAAGAACAGCAUAGCGCUGAAACUUGUUUUGUGCAAGAGGCCCUGUGUUACAUGUUUGUAGGGCAUUAUCAUCCAUUCCUUGUUGAAAGUGCUUUACCAUGUUUACAUGUUUGCUCUUGCUAAGUGCCAUCAAAAUCAAAGUGCCAAAUGUGAUGCUUUAUGACUUUCAUAAUUGCCUAUUGAUAUGUAACAUGUUCAGUCACUGUCCCAUAAACAACACUGAAAAAGCUAAAGGUGUGGAAGUGUACAUGGUUUUCUCUGUAAACUGUUCAUGUGUGUCACAGUGGCGUAGCAUCUAUGGUGUGUAUUUACAUAGUCCCACCCUCCUUGUUAUUGUCAUGUGUUGUUCACUGUUGAUGAAUCCUUGCAAUCUCAUUAAAAUCAGAUCUGAGGUCUUGCCACUGCUAAACAAAGAUCUGAGGACGUCUGAUUACGGGUCACGUCAGACCGACCUUUCGUGGACAUUGACCCACAAUGGAAUUCCUGACAAGACGUCGACAUUAGCCAAUCAGAAGUCAGCUUUCUCGUGUUUUACAAUGCUAGUUUCAAACUGGAGACGCUUCGAAACAUUUUUUACAAAUGCUCGACUGAUAUUUUAAUAACUGAACAAAAGGACAUUCUGGAAUGGCCAAUAGAUGGCCUAGAUUGUACAAAUUCAGUCGUAAAGCCCACAUCUGUCUUCGGAAUACCCUGUGUAAUGUCUUUCGAGGUUAAACGGAAACACUUUCCAACAGUCACUUUCCUGAUCUGAUAAGCGACGCUUUGAUUGGUCACAUAAAAGCUCGUUCUGAUGUGACCCCAAAUGGGAUGUCCACACAUCUUUGUUUAGCUGUAGCAAGAACUAGGAUCUGAUUGUAAUAAGAUUGAUGAUGUUGUUGCUGAAAGUGAUACACUGAGGUACUGGGGUGUACUCGAUACUGCCACCAGACAAAAUCCCAUUGUGCAGUCCAAGAUGUAUGUGUACUGGUAUAUUAGGACAUGAUGCGAAAGUGAAACGUACCACUUCCUGUUUGUGAAGAGGUGGUUUAAGAAAAUAUACUAGAUAUAAGCCCUCCAUCUUUGCAUAUUGUCCAAGAAGGUUUGUGAAAGAAGAAACAAAGGUGGCUGUGCCCUGAGUUUGGGUUUGAUCUUCCAUUGAUGGACCACAGCCUUUUACCACAAAGUGUGCUCUCGUCCUGUAUGUCAUGCAUGUCUCGUGUAUCAUAUGGUGUGUGUAUCAUAUGGUGUGUGUAUCAUAUGGUGUGUCGUAAUCUAACUAUUGAGAGAUGUAUCCAACCAUGUAUCUUGCAGAACUGAAAUAAUUCAUUGAUGCAUGUGUGCACCUUGGUAUUUAUUUUAGUCAAUGUGAUCCAGGAUCUUCUUUAUUCUGUAGUGUUUUGUAUGUUGUUUAUGUACCAGAGAUCAGAUUGUUUCAAAUUGGUGCCAGGUAACAUUUGGGUUAUCGUAUUCGACGUAAUAAGCACCCCGCUCUAAUAAGCGCCCACAGCGAUAUUUGCUAAUAUAUUGGCCAGUGAACAAUCCCAAUUAGCACCUCUUCCAAAUGAUCAAUGUACACAAGACUUAUUUAUUUGUGUAUAAUACGCGAUCGUGUGUUGUAUGCACCCCAUAUCAUGGGCAAUUAAAUUCUGGAAAUAUAUAUCUGUCGUGUCUAAUACACACAGACUUUCUUUUGUAUCAUUUCAGGCUGUCAGCAUAAACCACGAAAUUUACGAUCUUUUAACUAUUUUUUUCACCAAAAUUUUAAUCUAAUAAUAGCCCCCUAUUUCUAAUUUUGAGAGCGCCCUGGGCGCUUAUUAUGUGGAUUACGGUAUGUAUACUACUCAACGUUUGAUAGGAUAAUCAGAUAUUUCAUUCUAUUGAAGUAUCCACUUUACAUAUUAAAAGAAUUAUGUGUAUAAUGGAAAGAUAAAUAUAUCCCUAUCAAAAGCGCAGUGGUAUAUAUGAGUCUGACAUUUGACACAAAAAUUGAAACGAUAAUAUCGAACAGAUUUGUUUUCCUCUGUUAAUUAGAACAUUAGAAAUAUAUGUGUUCCCACUUUUACUGUUAGUUAUGUAUGUGUGAUACGUAUUGUAUCUUGACCAGAGUAUGGCAUUAUGUGUUAUUAUCACAGUAUCAUCUCAGCCCUAACAUUAUAACAACAUGUGUCAUCCCAUCACAGAUAGUGUUAGUGGUUGGAGAACCCACCAUCUGCAGAAAGUAGGCAUGGUAGUAUUGUGUGAGUAUUCAGAGGUUGGCCAGCUAUGCAGCUAAUACCACGGAGAUUAUCUCCUUAACUAACACCCUUCCCACGCGUCCAGUCAUAUGCACUCAGUCAGGCGGCAGUUCUACAGGAGGCCUGCUUACCUGAACAGCACUCAAACUUUAUGUCAACCUGCUGGAGCUGAUGCUGAACGAGAUCAUCACAUCUUAGAUGAAUGAUCAUAAUAAUAUCGUGGUAUAAAUACGUUCACUGUGUUUGUGGGGGUAGAGAUGGCCCAGUUCAUAAGGCAAUGUACAGUUGUCUCCCUUUGACAUACCAGGAACCUAUGCUUGUGGGUUUGAAUCACAGAUUCAUCCUGAUUAUAUUUCUUGGUUUCUUGGCACAUACACGUUCUUGUGGUUUUCAUCAAAGUAGUAAACAUCUAAGACCUUCCUCCUACAUUAAGCUGACACACCGUGAAAUCACUAAAAUACAGUAUACUCCGGUUAUAGCAAACUCAGAAGGGUCUGCUAAUUUUAGUGUGUUAUAACCAAAGUUCGUUUUAAGCAUAAAUACAGCAAAUGUCCGGGACAUAAAACAGUUUGUUAUAAGCAUGUUUGUUAAAAACAUCGUUUCCUGUACUGUUCGACAUGAUGGUAAAUCCAACUCACUCACUGCCUUGGUGUCAAACAAGACUUACAAGUAAUGAAGACAACAGUCGACCCUGUCUCUUUUGAUCCAAUAGGUUCUAAAUGCAAGUUGAGGAUAAAAUGAAAUAGAACAAAAUAAAUCCAAUUUUGAUGUGUGCCAAACAGUAAAGUGAGCUGGGCCUGUAUGCAGAAAGAAAACCUAACUGGACUGAGGACCAAAGCCUGCUUCUGACAAAGCUCAUUGAUGAAAACAAAGCGGUUUUGUUAGGUAUGACAGCACAGCUGAAGAAAGGAAUAGUGGCACAUGUUUGAGACAGUCGAGAACAACAAGGUGUUGGUAGCUUCAAACAGUUUGACAUCACAUAGUUUGACUAUUUGUAAAUGUUAAACAUCAGUAUCAGUUGUGGAGUAAACUUAUUUAUUCUAUGGCUUUUGAAAGUCAGCUGUCCAAUGAUAUCCACUCAAUUACUAGUGUUAGUAUCCACACUGACUGCCACUGUGGCUAGUGUUAGUAUCAACACUGCUACUGUGGCUAGUGUUAGUAUCAACACUGCUACUGUGGCUAGUGUUGGUAUCAGCACUGACUGCUACUGUGGCUAGUGUUAGUAUCCACACUGCUACUGUGGCUAGUGUUAGUAUCAACACUGACUGCUACUAUGGCUAGUGUUAGUAUCAACACUGCUACUGUGGCUAGUGUUGGUAUCAACACUGACUGCUACUGUGGCUAGUGUUAGUAUCAACACUGCUACUGUGGCUAGUGUUAGUAUCAACACUGCUACUGUGGCUAAUGUUGGUAUCAACACUGACUGCUACUGUGGCUAGUGUUAGUAUCAACACUGACUGCUACUAUGGCUAGUGUUAGUAUCAACACGGACUGCUACUGUGGCUAGUGUUAGUAUCCACACUGACUGCUACUAUGGCUAGUGUUAGUAUCAACACUGACUGCUACUAUGGCUAGUGUUAGUAUCGACACUGACUUCCACUGUGGCUAGUGUUAGUAUCAACACUGACUGCUACUAUGUCUAGUGUAAGUAUCAACACUGACUGCUACUAUGGCUAGUGUUAGUAUCAACACUGACUUCCACUGUGGCUAGUGUUAGUAUCAACACUGACUGCUACUUUGGCUAGUGUUAGUAUCAACACUGACUUCCACUGUGGCUAGUGUUAGUAUCGACACUGACUGCUACUAUGGCUAGUGUUAGUAUCAACACUGACUGCUACUGUAGCUAGUGUUAGUAUCAACACUGACUGCUACUAUGGCUAGUGUUAGUAUCAACACUGACUGCUACUAUGGCUAGUGUUAGUAUCGACACUGACUUCCACUGUGGCUAGUGUUAGUAUCAACACUGACUGCUACUAUGUCUAGUGUUAGUAUCAACACUGACUGCUACUAUGGCUAGUGUUAGUAUCAACACUGACUUCCACUGUGGCUAGUGUUAGUAUCAACACUGACUGCUACUUUGGCUAGUGUUAGUAUCAACACUGACUUCCACUGUGGCUAAUGUUAGUAUCGACACUGACUGCUACUAUGGCUAGUGUUAGUAUCAACACUGACUGCUACUAUGGCUAGUGUUAGUAUCGACACUGACUUCCACUGUGGCUAGUGUUAGUAUCAACACUGACUGCUACUAUGGCUAGUGUUAGUAUCAACACUGACUUCCACUGUGGCUAGUGUUAGUAUCGACACUGACUGCUACUAUGGCUAGUGUUAGUAUCAACACUGACUGCUACUGUGGCUAGUGUUAGUAUCAACACUGACUGCUACUAUGGCUAGUGUUAGUAUCAACACUGACUUCCACUGUGGCUAGUGUUAGUAUCAACACUGACUGCUACUAUGGCUAGUGUUAGUAUCAACACUGACUGCUACUAUCGCUAGUGUUAGUAUCGACACUGACUUCCACUGUGGUUAGUGUUGGUAUCAGCACUGACUGCUACUGUGGCUAGUGUUAGUAUCAACACUGACUGCUACUAUCGCUAGUGUUAGUAUCGACACUGACUUCCACUGUGGCUAGUGUUAGUAUCAACACUGCUUCUAUGGCUAGUCUUAGUAUCAACACUGCUACUAUGGCUAGUGCUAACAUCAACACUGCCUUCGUGACUUGUGCUACUGUUAAAUCGUAGCACAAGCGUUGUCUCAUGAUAACAUGUUCACCAGAUUAUGUCCCACGGUUUAUUUAAAUGCUAGGUGUUGAAUAUUUUUUCUGACCAGUCCAUUAGGGUACGUGCUGAUAACAAUGAGGGCUAAGGGCUGAGGGACAUAUGACGCUACCUGUCAUAUUCAUGCCAACUUGUUUCCCUGUUAUUAAGUGUAUAAAGAAUACCACAGAAAAAAACAUCUUUAAGGCACAAAACUACGUUUUAGCCAUCCUAUCAAAACCACAUACUAAGAUGUAUAAAUAACAUUUUUGUUUUCAGGGAGGAACACAAUUUGCCAAAUGUAAACUAACCCCAGCACUGGAGUGUAAAUGUUAUCAGUAUUGUGUUGGGCUGGAGGGGACGCAUGAUUGUACUGGAACACCGGUUUACGUGUCAGCCGUAUCGGUAUUUAAUACUGAUUAUUUUCAUACUUGUAAAUAUGUACAUACUAUUACAGCAUGUGCCAUCUAUAUUUAUAUCUGACUGUACAUACUUGUGUGCCUAUGAUCUGUACAUGGUUUUGCUACAGUACCGCAGUGUAUAAAACUAUAACGUACAAAAAUAUCUGAUCAA